AGAGGGGGGCGCCCGCCGCCCGGGUGUGGUGGUGGUGGGGGGCAGCAGCAGCAGCAGGAGGAGGAGGAAGUGAAACGACGCUGGGGGAAGCUCUGGCGAUGGCGACGGGAGGAGCACGGGGAGCGGGAGGCGAAGGAGGUGGCGGAGGCGCGCGAUUCGCGCAGCGGCCACCGCGGCCCCCGGCGCCGCACGGGCCGCCCCUGGCCAUCUCCGUGGCCGUGGAGCGAUGCCCGCUGUGCAGCAGCUCGCGGCGGCGUCUCACGUGCGCCGCGUGCGUGCACAAGGGCGACUUCUCGUACAUGGACGGCAAGGGGGACGAGAGCUAUUUCAAGAAGCAAGGGAAACUGAACAUCGCAAAAAAAGAGAAGCAACAAUAUCAGGAAAAGGUUCGUGAGGUGGCUGAGGCUCAGAGACAAAAGGAAAAGUUGAAGUGGGAGAUCCUUUGCUGUAAGAGCCGGAUUGAUCUGCUCAAGAGGGCAAUCGAUCAAGUGAAGAAAGACACCUUGAUUGACAACGCUCACGUGCAGCGCCAACGGGAUGAAAAUGUGCGGAAUGCCCUGCGUGCGCGCAAGCACGCCGAGAAAGAGGAGACGAUGCGGCGCCGGUUAGGCCGCCGCCGGGACUGGCUCGAGCCACGGCUUCGCGAGCUGAUUGAGCGCCUCAAGGCGCUGGGCACGGCGCGGCGCAUGCACGUCCGUGAGCUCACCUCCUCCAUCUUCCCACUCACCGAGGCCCUGCCACCCCAAGGAAUUGAGACUGCCUUCCAUAUUGUUCACAAGUGCACCGUGAAUGAGCUGGCCUGCUGUCCCAUUCUGUGCACGGCUACUUACAUCAGGCCUCACGCGGGAACGAGCACAGAGGCGGCCAUGCAGAGCAGCACGGUGGACAAACUGGCGGAGGCUCGGCGCACCAAUUACCAGUCUGGCCGCUGGGUCUACACAGAGGGCAAUGGGGAGGUGCGUGUGGCCGUGGUGCAGCCGCACAUCUGCCUGCCGCACAACGGAGACUUCUCGCCUUACUACAGCUGGGUGGAGGCACGCAGGAAUUCCACGCAGGAACCCGUGCUGGAGCAGGGCAGCCCGGCGUACCCCAUCACAGCCGCUCUGUGCCACACGGCUCAGCUGGUGUCCGUGCUGUCUCACAUCCUGGGCAUCAACCUGCCCCAGAGGCUCUGCUACAGUGAGUUCUGCCGGGAGGACAUAAGCCGUCACCGCUUCAUUCGGGCUGUGCAGAAGCUCAACACCAAUGUUCUGCACCUCUGCUGCUCCCAGCAUGUGGACCCUGAGCUUUUGCAUCCAUUACGUCCGCUCAAGAACCUGAUGUACAUGGUGAGGCCAGACAACAGCAGCCUAGGAAGGAGCGGACCAUUUGAGGUGACGGCCGACAUGGAGGACUCGAUGGAGCUGGUGGACGCCAGCACAGCCAGUCAGUCUGAGGGCAGCGAUGGGGAGGACACGACCGACGAGGAGACGGACCUGGGGCUCGACUGGGAAACUGUCCCCAACCCACGCUUCAUGGACAUCCCGUCACGGGCACUGGAAGGCAGCCCCAGUCAGAGCACUGCGCUCACAAACACCGGUGGCACCAGCCUGCAGGACUCGGGGCCAAUCUCUGCGAGCAACGCGGGCGGUCUCGUGUCCUCGGCAGUCGCCUCCAUGGCCUCUAUCUGGAGGGCGUACACUGGCACGCACUGAUGCGGCUCGGCAUCACAAAGACCUUGUCCUGUGUGGCUUUUCCUCGUGUGUACCCUCUACUCAACGUGAAACCAGUUUGCAAUUGUGUGCAUUUUAUUUCAUCAGUGUCCACCGUGUGUGUGUUUGGCUAUAACCAGUGCUGGUGGGCGCAUAAUGAUGCACGCUUUUGCGAACCACACUCUUGAAGCGACUAUGGUGUGUGCUCGUCUCUGGGCCAAGACUUUAUAUUUUGUCUGAGCAGUGCUCAUGACUCUAGAUGAAGAAUGAAGGCCGGUGAGUUGCUGUUCUUCACAGCCCUUGCACUUUGGCUGUUGUGAUGCUUCAGCUCUCAGCAGCGUGGAACAGAUUUUGGCAGUUGUGCUGGACUUUAUGCACAAAUGUCUUAAGCGUAAUGGUAUCUUCCUCCUAUUGGGGAAUAAUAAUUUACAUUGUAGUUACGGGCUUAUUUAAAACAUUUGUUAAAUGGAAAUGUUGAUUUCAUAACUUGUUUCAUCAGUGUUAUGUUAACUUGUUUAGAUUUGCUGAAAGUAAAAUACCUUUUGCCAAAACUACAAUUGAAUUCAAGGUAGCUUUUGUGCUUUGGUACCAUGACUGUUUUAGUCAUUUGCAUUGCAUGCAUAGCAAUGUUAAAGGAAAUGCUCAGAACACUGCAUUUAAACACUUGUACCCAUCGUUCCCUAUGUUUUGGGAAAUUUAAAAAAAGUUAUCACAUCUUGCACUUAAAUUUACUCCCUAGGGAAUGCAACACUUCCAAUGUAAGUUAUUCACAAAGUUAAUCAAAAUGAAAACUAACAUUGGUGGGCCCAACCAGCAUGUCACCUUUCUUUAAAGGUUGUUUGCCUAAGUUGUGAAGCGAUGUAUAACUGCAUGUGCAUCCAAGCACUUUCCUCAAUUUUUACAGUGUCUUACAGGUGAAAUAAGCUCUCUCUAGGCUUAUACUGUUAUGUGGCCGUUUAAGUAGAUGUCAUUACAUCUUGUUGAGGUUGGUGUUGCAGCGCUUAGAGUAGUCGUUUUAAGCAGAUUGCAGUUGCGCCAUUUGUUUUUAUACCGUUGCAGAAGUUGCAUCUCUUGGUAGUGCCACCUUUUGGGCUGGCCUGAAUGGCACAGUGAAGUUAGUUGGAACUGAUGUAGGUGUACUUUAAGAGCUCAAAUAAACUUACAACUCAAGUUAAUGCACACAAUUUAGUUUAACUUCGCAGCCAGUUUCAUAUCUUAACAGCAUCUGAAGCAUCACUUAACACCAAACACAGUGGCAACACCACUCCACAAAUCAUAUGUACUGGAAUUUCAAAAGAUGGAACUUGUUUUAGAAAGGUCAUGAGAUUAUUACGUGAGCUGGUAAAUAAUUUAAAAUGUAAACCAAAGCAGGAUGUAAAUUAACAUUAUCCAACCGAAUAGUUUGAGCACCUUUCCAAAGGCUCUGAUACUCUGAAGAGGGGCACUUUUUAAGUAUAAAUUGGUGAAACGUGUUCACACUUAACAAGGUCUGGGUCACUUGGGCAAACGCAGAAGUAAGUUACGUAUUGUUUGUGUAACAAAAAUGGUGUUGAGAUCUCACGUCGAGUACGAUAGAUCUUUCACCCCCAGCUCGGCCCAGAUCCUCCUUGCUGAUGUCCAUCCAUCGAGUACAUAAUUGCGCAUGUGGCCAUGAACACAUUAGCACUUGCGAGCCCGUUAGGACUAUGAGCAGACUGGUCUCUUUAUUCGUGCCUAGGUUUUCCUUCGUGUUUACCUCAUGUGCAAUUAACAUAAAUUAGCGAGUAGAUUUUUCAUCUUGUCCAUGUUGAUUGUUUAUAUAACUUGAACUGUUUUAAUGACGCUUGCCUGUGGAAUAUAGGUAUUUGGAUGUACAGCGGUCAGUGUUGGAAUCUCAGGAACCCUGCUGUGUUGGACAGCCUGUGGCUUCAGGAGAGCAUCCAACACCGCACAUGAACAGACUCGACUCCCAUUCGUGAAAGUAACAAGGUCUUGUGGUUGUAAUUGUAAAGUUUACAUGUUAAAAGUCAAAGAAUUCGAGAUUUGUAAUAAGAGGAGAGAUGUUAAUAAACUAAUGGCUGUUUUAUAAUUUAAACUUGUAAUUUUAAACCGCAUUGUGGGCAUGUGUUCCUCGGUUGAAAAUGAAAUGUGUGCAAUAUUAGCAUGUGUUUUGAGCUUCUAUUUUUUACAAAAAUUAUCAAACUAUUUUGUUCAUCAAUGUUUUUCUCCACAAUUUUACAAAUAAAUUGGUAUUUCACUUUUUCAGUUUUAGAUUUACUGUAGAGUAUGGAACAUUGCAGAUUAUUUGAACUCUUAUACACUCGUUAAGAAGCAUACAACUUACAGCAGUGAUAUGUUUAGAAAUAUACUGCAUACCGCUGAAACUACAAGCAGCAUGUGAUGUUGCUAACACAAGUCUGUACUUGAGAUGUUUUUCUCAAUUUAAGGUUCAUUUAAAAACUCGAAAAAUCCCGGAUACUACAUUUUUGAUGAUCCAGGAAAAAACUGUUCGGAUUUAUUUGACAACUAGCUUAUAUACCCGGCGUUGCCCGGGCCAAAUUUUUUUUUCAAAACUACUGUUAAAAAUCUAACAGCAGUGCGUACUAACUAUUAGCAUGUGUUUUGAGCUUCUAUUUUUUACAAAAAAAUUAUCAAACUGUUUUGUUCAUCAAUGUUUUUUUCUCCACAAUUUUACAAAUAAAUUGGUAUUUCACUUUUUUA